GAAGGGGUCCGCCCGCGGCGGCGCCUGCUGCUCUGGUCACUCCUCGCCGCCUGCUUCGCGGCUCGACCACCGCAGCCAUGCCCAUGAAGGGCCGCUUCCCGAUUCGCCGCACCCUGCAGUACCUGGGCCAGGGGGACGUGGUGUUCAAGGACACGGUGAAGGUCAUGACGGUGAAUUACAACACGCACGGGAAGCUGGGCGAAGGCGCCAGGAAAUUUGUGUUUUUCAACAUACCUCAAAUCCAAUACAAAAACCCUUGGGUGCAGAUCAUGAUGUUUAAGAACAUGACACCAUCACCCUUCCUUCGAUUCUAUUUAGAUACUGGUGAGCAGGUUCUUGUGGAUGUAGAGACCAAGAGCAAUAAAGAGAUCAUGGAGCACAUCAAAAAAAUCCUGGGGAAGAAUGAGGAAACCCUGAAGCAAGAAGAGCAGGAGAAAAAGCAGCUUUCUCAUCCAGCCCACUUUGGACCUCGAAAGUAUUGCCUGCGGGAGUGCAUCUGUGAGGUGGAAGGGCAGGUUCCCUGCCCGGCCCUGGUGCCCUUACCCAAGGAGAUGACAGGGAAGUACAAAGCAACUCUGAAAGCCAGUGCCCAGGACUAAGGCCCCAGGGAGAUCCUGGUUCUGUCCCCAGAGACUCUGCAAAUAAAAUGCUCCUUAAUCAUC